AUGACGAACGGCGAGAUGUCGCCGUUCGUCAUCGUCAUCUACUUGGUGAGCGUACCCAUCUCCCCCCCUUCGUUUUCUGACAAGAAUACCAGGUGCCACGUCGCCAACGGCGACGUGGCAACCAAACGACGGACGACGACAUUUCGUCGUCCGUCGAUUCUGUUCAUAUUAUCACUGCGAGCACCUCCACCCUCCGUCCCCAACCCACUGACUAACAAGAACCCUGCUACGACACGUCUUCCACAACGUCACCACGACACCCUUUGGCACCCUGCCACGUCACGCAACCCGCCCUUGACGGGUAGCACACCCUACGUCGACAACCCACCCCUCCCUCAUGCCACACACGACGACGACGAGGAUGUGGGCGUACACACGACGACGACAACAAUGUGGGCGUACAACGACGAGACGACGUGGGCGUACACACGACGACGACAACAACGUGGGCAUACACACGACGACGACGACGACGACGUGAGUGUACACACGACGAGACGACAUGGGCAUACACACGACGACAACAACGAGGAAGAGGGCAGACAAACGACCAGACGACGAGGGGUACAAACGAUGGACGGCGACGACGAUGAGUGCCCACCACCCACACCCGGCGACGAGGUUCCGUACUCCACCCUCACACUGUCUCUCUCACUGCCCACCACACCCUCUCCCUCACUGCCCACUACCCCUCUCCUUCACUGCCCACUUACCCCUCUCCUUCACUGCCUACCACCCCUCUCCUUCACUGCCUACCACCCCUUCCCCCCUCCCUCAUUGCCUACCAACCCCCUUCCUCAGUGCCUACCACCCUUCUCUCAUUGCUUACCACCCCAUUUCCCUCUCUCUCAUUGCCCACCACCCUCACCCCUCUUCUUCACUGCAUCUCCCUCACUCCCUCUUCCCUUUAUUUAA